UGCUCCAUGAGAGCCAGUGACACACUCGAAGUCGGACAUGCUCACACUCCAACUUCCCUGAGCAGUGCGCAGUGUGUGAGAGAAAGCCACCGGAGCACAUUCUCAGGGGGAAACCUGAGCAUUCGCACCUAGCUUUUCUGUCUUUUCACCCUGCUGCUGGAUGAUGGAAUUUUAACCAUGUGGAAGAACUUGACUAAGGGAGUCAAAAGCCCCUUAAACCUGUCAGGACACAUGAUAGCAGCACAGUGGUACCGUAGAUGUUAUUCUGUCCUCUCUCCGUGUCACUACUGUGUGUCUAAGCAGCGUACCUUAUUAAGCACCACGAAUGUCUGGCAAGCUCUUGAGGCCGAAGGAUUGAAACAUACUGCUCAUAUCUUCGACCUGAUGCAAGAGUGUGGCUAAUUCUAGCACAAAGCAGCUCUUUGGGACCUGAAUUGAACUUUUUUGAAAUCUAAAGCUGAUCAAGUUUUCCCUCAAAAUUGAGCAAAUGUGUCAAAAACACCGUCGUUUCUGCCUUCUCAAAGUGUACUUAAUUUUCUUGUCUAAAUAAAGCUACAGCGGCCAAAUUCCUGGAGUGUUUUUGACCACUUCAGCACCAGUAAAUGACUAUGAAAAAAAAAAAACCUGGAACCAAAUUGUUCACGCUUGAGUGCUCUGCUCUCAGGCAGACAUUUUGUGUAAGCAGAGCUGGUACAGAGCAGCACAGAAGAGUCUGACUGGUUCCAGGUAUUCUGAAGAGUUGAUAUGUCGUUGAUAAGUCACCUGUUGGAGUAUAAGUGACUCUUUGGCAGAUACACCAUCUUUGUGCUGGAAUGCAUUUCUGCCACCAGAGGGCGUUUGUAAAAUCUCCUAUUUCUCAUGGCUAUGUGCCCUUCUUGAAAGAGAUAGCUGCCUGGCGCUCCUGGAUUUUGCUAAUGCCAUUCCCUCUUCGCUCCACCUAAAAAGGAUGGAAACCCUGGAGUCGGAGCUGACGUGCCCGAUCUGCCUGGAGCUGUUUGAGGACCCCCUGCUGCUGCCCUGUGCCCACAGUCUGUGCUUCAAUUGUGCUCGCCGCAUCCUGGUCUCGCAUUGCACCUCAGGUGAGCCAUCCGACGCCAUCUGCGCUUUUCAGUGCCCUACGUGCCGCUAUGCCAUCUCACUGAGCCCACAGCGUGGCCUGGAUGCACUCAAGCGCAACGUCACCCUCCAAAACAUCAUCGAUCGUGUCCAAAGGGCUUCGACUUCUGCUACUCUUCUUCUGUCCUCCAGCGGGCACAGUUCACCAGGCGACAGCCCUCUAGGCGCCAUGACGACUGCCACUGCACCCUCCUCACCCACUGAGCUGGUGCAGUGCCAGUUUUGUGAGCAGGAACCGCCACAGUGUGCUGUGAAGACUUGCGUAACAUGUGAGGUGUCUUACUGCGAGGAGUGCCUACGCGCCACCCACCCCAACAAGAAACCAUUCACUGGACAUCGCCUCAUUGAACCUUUGCCUGACUCGCAUCUCAGAGGUCUGCAGUGCCUCGAACAUGAAGAGGAGAAAGUGAACAUGUACUGUGUCACGGAUGAGCAGCUCAUCUGCUCUCUCUGCAAGCUAGUCGGACGUCACCGUGACCACCAGGUGGCAGCGCUAAAUGAGCGCUAUGAGAAACUAAAGCACACAUUGGACUCCAACCUCAGCAAUUUGAUCAAGAGGAGUAAUGAGUUGGAAUCAUUAAUGGGGAAGCUGAUUCAGACCUGUCAGCAUGUAGAGGUGAAUGCAUCACGACAGGAAGGAAAGCUGAUGGAAGAAUGCGACAUCUUGAUCAGCAUAAUUCAGGAGAGGAGACAAAUUAUUGGUGCUAAAAUCAAAGAGGGGAAGACGGUUCGACUGCGUAAACUAGCACAACAAAUCGCGAACUGCAAACAGUGCAUAGAGCGAUCAUCUGCUCUCAUAACUCAAGCAGACCAGACGCUGAAAGAAACCGAUCAUGCUCGCUUCCUCCAGACUGCCAAGAGCAUCUCAGAGCGAGUCUCGAUGGCUACAGCGUCCUCUCAGGUCCUGAUACCUGAGAUUAAUCUGACAGACACAUUUGACACCUUCGCACUGGAUUUUACCAGAGAGAAGAAGAUGCUAGAAAGUCUUGAUUACCUCACAGCACCAAGCCCUCCAGGUAUCCGAGAAGAGCUCUGCACGGCAUCCUAUGACACCAUCACUGUGCACUGGACAUCUGAUGAUGAAUUCUCUGUAGUUUCUUAUGAGCUUCAGUACACCAUCUUUACUGGCCAGUCAAACAUUGUCAGUCUCUGCAACUCUGCUGACAGUUGGAUGAUUGUUCCUAAUAUCAAGCAGAACCACUACACCGUUCAUGGCCUACAGAGUGGCACCAAGUACAUCUUCAUUGUCAAGGCCAUUAAUCAGGCAGGAAGUCGCAGCAGUGAACCUGGAACACUCAAAACUAACAGUCAGCCAUUUAAGCUUGACCCAAAGUCUGCACACAGGAAGCUAAAAGUGUCCCAUGACAACCUGACGGUGGAGCGUGAUGAGAUAUCUUCAAAGAAGAGUCACGGACAAGAGCGCUUCAGCAGCCAAAGCAGCUACGGUGUCGUAGGAAACGUGUACAUCGACAGCGGCCGCCAUUAUUGGGAGGCUCUAAUUGGAGGGAGCACUUGGUAUGCUGUGGGCAUUGCCUAUAAAUCAGCACCCAAGCAUGAGUGGAUUGGGAAGAACCCUUUGUCAUGGGUGCUGUGCCGUUGCAACAAUUCCUGGGUGGUGCGCCACAACAGCAAAGAGAUGGCCAUUGACCCCUCACCACACCUGAGACGAGUGGGUGUGCUCCUGGACUACGAUGCCGGCUCUCUGGCUUUCUAUGAUGCCGUGAGCUCUCAGCACCUCCACACCUUUCAUAUCACCUUCACCCAGCCUGUUUGCCCUGUAUUUAAUGUAUGGAACAAAUGUCUUACAGUCCUAACAGGCCUCCCUAUCCCAGACCAUCUGGAGGGUGUAGAGGCUUUCGACUGAGGCUAUGGUGCUACUUUCUAUAUAAGUGAACCUUGGGCUGCUUAGGUUUGCUUUCAGCUUUGGCCAUGACCUUGUUGUCCAAGUCAUAUUUCCAAUUCAUUAAGAUUUUUUUUUAAAGCAUGCACAGAAAGUUUCAGAAAUUCCACCUUUAUUUGCAAAAGGUUUGAUGACCCCUGAAUUAAAAUGGCAUGGAUAUUUUUUACCUUUGGUGUGUAAGUGUAUAAUAAGCAGUGAAAUUUUAAGACGACAAUACCACAAUAAUUUGAAUCAGGUAUUUUGGAGGAAUUUUGCACAUGUCGAUAUGUUAUGUCUAUAUUUAUGAAAAGGGGGAAGAUCACAGUCUUCAAAUUUGGUGCAAUUUUGUGAUUAGGUUUCUUGGUGCAAUCUCACUUGAUAUACAGAUAUAAAAAAAAACAGUUAGCAAUGGACUAUUUUUACUUUAUAAAAAGGACAUUUUAACAAUGCAGCAGGACUGAUUACAUGAAUACAUGAAUAGACUUUCCAUUUUAGGUCAAAUGAAUGCUUGCUCGAAUGCUUUUGCCUCAUUAUGACUGUUGUGGUAUACCUUUUUUAACAUAUACAUCUAUUUUAUGUUCCUGAACACACUAGCAGUAAAUCGAUACACAAUUGUAUUUUAGAUACAGGAUCUAUGUUGCUCACGGGGGAAAAAAAAAAAUUACAUAUAUUGUGUUUGCAUUUGAGGACGGUUGCCUGACAUUUGUUUUCGUCAGUCUUUUUAAUGUAUCAUUAGCAAUGGUAGCACUAAGUUCAUUUACUGGCCUAACAUAGCUCAUUAAAUCAAUAUUAAAUAAAAAAUGUAUGUUCCUGCGCGAAUUCCACAAUGGUUUAGAUUUCUACAUGGACUAAAACACUUGCCUGUUAAAGUAAAUUAUAAAUGUAUCUUUUAGUUUUGUGUGAAAUUUUAAAAGAGCAGAAAAUUUCGUGCCUAUUUUGAGGUUUAAACAUGCGUGUACAUACAGUAUGAUAAUCUGGCAGUUUAUAACCGUACCUCUCUGUACUGGACAUAAAUUGUCCGUUUCUAGUUUUAAGAGGGUAAAAUGUUUGCAAACAGCCCUGUAUCACAGCAUUUUUGUUGUGUGUUUUAAAAACAGUUAAUGUA